AUGCGUGAAGCGAAUCGUUCCCUACCGUUCAAUUCUGCCCUCCAUGUUCAUUGCCGUUACCUACGCAAGAAAAAGUAUUUGAACAGCAACAAUUUAUUCCGUGAAGAAGAGAAGAUCGUGACUUGUACAACAGAACACACCUCCUCGUACUUCACUCCAUACCUUUACCUCCAGCUCAUGACUUGUACAACAGAACACAUCUCCUCGUACUUCACUCCAUACCUUUACCUCCAGCUCAUGACUUGUACAACAGAACACACCUCCUCGUACUUCACUCCAUACCUUUACCUCCAGCUCAUGCAAUAGCCGCGCAGUACGCCACGGCAUGUAACAUUACAACAGUUCUAUCUUUCACCAUCAACACAGCCGUAAUAAAUCGUGUUUAUUUCUCCAUCUAAGUGACCGCUUGGUCUGUGCCUUACAGCCGUAGUAAAUAGCUUUAGGAUCCGUGAACAUUCCCAUCUUGCGGAUUAAGCCGUGGGCCGGUGCUCAAUUUACGACGAAUCUCCGUUAAGAGUUGCUCAUCGCAUCUGUAAGAGGUGCUACAGCAACGAUUGGUGGUUGCGGGCCUUCUUUUCACGGGCAAUCCAUAACGCUUUCUCUGUGGCUGAGAACGCUUCGCGGUAUGAAAAGAUACGACUGUUAAGUGCUCAGGGCAACCUGCGAGCUGUUGCGGUACCAACGGUUCAACGCGUAUGACAUGCUCGUGGAUGUGCGUGCACCUGCGAAUGAGCAUCCCAUUAAAGAUAAAAUUGUGAACACCUCAUACUGAUGAUGAAUAAAAUACCUUUCU